AUGUCUGGUGGGACACCUCGGAAAUUUAGCGAGAAAAUCGCUAUAAUGGAGAGGAAGCAAAACGAGGAUGUCAAUAAGUUCGAAGAUAUUAUGCGCGAAGUUCGAUCUAUCACGAGUACUAGUGAAAAUCCAACUUCCGUCAAUGGCACUCUCCAUCCACCAUCAUGGCCACAAAUUGGAGGUUCCUUGCCCAACGUCGCAAAUUUGCCUAGCUAUUCUCCUGGCGAUAGUUGGCAAUGGGAAUCCAGAAAACCUGUAUACCAUCCUCGUAAUGCCGACAUUGCUUAUCAUCCUUAUCGCGGGCACAGAAGCCCAGAAAGAGUUCCUCCUUUACAUUUCCAUUAUGCAUCUUAUUCUACACAAGAAACUUUGCAACCGCCGGAAACUUGGCAUCAUAUGAAUCGAGCUAGAUCUGAUCCUGCUUUGAACAGAACCUAUCCUGGCCAACAAUCACAACAACAUCCACACAUGAUCAACCAAUCCAAUAUGUCAGGGAUAAGAUCUAAUGUAUAUGGAACGGAUGUAACACCUGGUCCUAGUGAAAUCAAUCAUUGUCAUGAAAAUUCUCUUAACCAACCUAAUAUUGUUAAUCCCGUUCUAGUGAAUUCACAUGGACAAAUGUUACAAUCAUAUCAUUAUAAUAAUGGCAGCCCUAUGCAAUCUCCACAAGGAUCUCCUAUGGGCUCGUCAUUGAUGUUAGAUGAAAGGAAUCACUUGAUGGAAUUAAGCCCACCUGCAGGACAUGCCUACUCUUCAGAGGUAGGUAGUUUGCCUAAUUUGGAGCAAAUGCCUCCUGCUUGUUAUCAUACAGUUAUUGGACCAAGACAUAGCACAGGCGGACAAUGUGGGCGACUUGUACCCACUCCUGUGCUUACUCCUGAAUCACAAAGUGCUCCGACUUCGCCUCAUAAUGUGUUUGAUACUUGUUUGCAGCCGCAAUGGCCGGCGCCAAGAACUUUCUCGAAUUCCCCAGAAUCCCUAGACAUUCCAAAAUUGGUGCUUACUAAUCCAGAAGGAACCCAUGGCUCACAACUUGAAUGCUUUAAUGACUUGCAGGCAAGAGCUCCAGUAGCUUUCCAUAAAUGA